AAUCGGGGUCAAUUCAAGUUCAACAUGGCGGACUUUUCCGAAAUAAGUUCUUUGGAAUCGCCGAAAAAGCGGCCCCGGCUCGACAAUGAUGAGCCAAAUGACGUUUUUACGAGCGGAAUAGACAAAGAAAACACUCAUGUGCCGACAAGUCGUGAAAUCAAGUCAAUUCACUCGCCAGGAAGCCAGCUUUUCGAGGGAAAACAUCUCCUCAACUUCGACCCCGAAUCUGGCGCUGGAUUCGAACACGAACUUCCGGAUCCGUCGGACGCAACCCAUCGCGAUGACCUCGACAACGUCCCAUCGCACUUCAAUAAUGACUAUCUUCCAAAACAACACGAUUCAUGUGAGCAUGACCAUUGCCUUCCCAGCCAAACGUCUUCCAGCAGCCCACCAGCCUCAGACACCAAUGCCUCGACGGGUCAGGGCAGCUCAGAUCGGGCAGAGAGUGACGAGGGUGAAGAUGAGGACAGUAGCUCAGCCAGUGAGGAGGGCAGCAUGGGAUCCUUGGAUGAGGAAGAUUUAGAUCUGGGGCUGGGAGAGUGCCAGCUAGAACAAUCCAUAGGUCCCAUGGGCUGGCUGCAGCGGCAGAUGAUGUCCGGAGUGCAUCCCCGCUCCAUCCUGUCCCGCCUCCUCCCGACCGUCUCCGCCUCCCUCCCCGAGGACCUGGACGAGUUUGAGGUCUGGUCCAUCAUCGCCGACUACUUCCAGAUGCUGCGGGACCCGCCGCGCCGGAAGAAGCUGCCAGACUUUAAUACACUCGAUGACGCCCUGCAUCUGUUGAGGGUGUCAAAGAGGAUCAUGGUGCUGACUGGAGCUGGGGUGUCCGUGUCCUGUGGCAUCCCUGAUUUUCGGUCCAGAGAUGGCGUCUACGCGAGACUCGCUGUUGAUUUCCCUGACCUGCCGGACCCACAGGCACUCUUUGACAUCCACUACUUUCGACGGAACCCAAGGCCAUUCUUUAAAUUUGCCAAAGAAAUCUACCCUGGCGAAUUUAGGCCGUCCACCUGCCAUAAGUUCAUCGCUUUGCUGGAGCAGCACGGCAAGCUUCUCCGUAACUUCUCCCAGAACAUUGACACCCUAGAACAGGUCGCUGGGAUCACAAGGGUCCUCCAGUGCCAUGGCUCCUUUGCCACUGCCCACUGCACCAACUGCAACUACGAAGUGGAUGCUGAGACCAUCCGUCCAGACAUCUUCAACCAGGUGGUCCCUCUCUGCCCUCGCUGUCCCCAAGGCGACCCGGACAUCCUAGCCGUCAUGAAGCCUGACAUCGUCUUCUUUGGGGAGGGCUUACCCAAGGAUUUCUAUCACUGCUUGGAUGAGGAUAAGGACAAGGCUGAUCUGCUCAUUGUCAUCGGCUCCUCGCUUAAAGUGCAGCCUGUUGCCACAAUCCCUAAUGCCAUACCAGGUCAUGUGCCCCAGAUCCUCAUCAACAGGGAACCCUUGAACCACAUGACCUUUGACAUUGAGCUGCUGGGCGAUGGUGACGUAAUCGUUAAUGAGAUUUGCCGCCGCCUCGGGGAGGGCUGGGAUCAGAUCUGCGAUGGCAAAGAGUUGGCAGAAACGUCGGAAAUGCCUGCCAUGCCGGAUGCAGAAGAGUCCAACUCAACAAGCGAUGAUUUUGAAACCGCGGUAACUCCUGAAAGGGUUGAGAAAGGGUUCGAAGGUGCUGACAGCACCAGCUGGAUCAGUGGUUCUGAGAGUCAAGAAGAAACGAAGCAUUCUCCGGAUGAUGAACAGGGAGUGUUUCAGCAAGUUGGCAACAACUCAGAUAAGGCAGACAUGACACACUCCAUGAACUGUGAUGAUCCAGGGGAACUAUCGGGCCCUUGUAGGAUGCCCAAAAAUGCAGAGCCUGCUAAUGCGGGACAGACAAGGGAAGCAGUAGCAGACAGCAACACAUCUACUUCAAACACAGGACCUCAUGCAACAUCUGCAAGUGACACAGGUGAUUUGCAACAGGAAACUCAACCAUCCCAACAGUGUCAAGAUUCAGGUAAUCAAAUACACUCAGCAAGGGAGCCAGAGCCUGAACAAGACAUUGACAGUCGGCCCCAAACUCCAGAAAACAAUGGUGCGCAAAACUGUGACAUUUCUAGCACCGUGUACGAGGAUGAGUUCAGGACACAGGAUGCUAAUGGUGGGUUAAAUGAUAAUGCCGCCCCCUCAGAGAGCAGUCAUAGUGAAAUCUGUGAGACAAAUGAGGCUGUCAGUCAAGCAACCAAAGUAAGCGAGGACAUCGGAAACAGCAGCAAAGCCACUGAAAGCUCCAUUGGUAGUGAGACGCUUGACAAUGGGAGCAACGGAGGUGAUGUUGCCAGCAUCUUAAAGACACAGGAUGAGGCAACUCCUAGUUACACCCGACCCAAGAGAAAACGACGCAGCAGUAUCGCCUUGUACCUAGAAUCAUCCUCCUAUCUCUUUGUACCUCCCAAUCGCUACAUCUUCCAUGGUGCUGAAGUCUUCCCUCCUUCCAGGCCAGUCAGCCCCCGCGCUGCCGACAGCAACAACCCUGACAACGACAAAGACAGAAGCCCCGAACCUCCAGAGGAUCACCAUGACAAUGAUGACAUCACAGCUCAUCAGAUCCACCUCGUCGACCGAAACGAAAUGCCGUCAACCAGCGAUGCCUUAAUGGACAACCUCUUACAAGAACACCCGUUGCCGCAAUCGGAGAGCUCCUCAGUGGACUGUGGGACAGAUGUGACACAAGACCGCAGCACUGAUCACAUCCUUUGCAAUACUGAGCUGCCAACUUCGGAAAGUUAUGAGCUGCAGCCUGGAAAGGACACAGCACACGGUCAUGAAAUUUCCCCGUUGUUACCGGAAAACUCGGCAUUUCAUGCAGGGAAAGAAGGAGCAGAGUUAUCAUGUUCUGAGAAAGUUGAUAUCAGGUGAGUUGAAGCAGAGAGCUGGGUUGUUGCAUCUUAAGUCCUGUAUAUUAUAAAAAGUAACCGAAGAUUAUAGUUAAUCUUAUACUCUUCAUUUACAUCAGUUACCAAAAUUGACGAACAGGUAUAUUUUUGAAAACAGGCACAAGCAAGGUCUUUGAUUUUCAAAAUCAACUGUACCGAUCAGGUUUAAACUAUUAACUUUUUUAUUUGAAAUUAUUUGAAAAUGGAAAACAUUCAUGUUCACAGAUUCAAAUGUGAGGCUGAAGUUUAUUCACGGAUUCAAAUGUGUUGGCUGAAGUUUAUUUCUAUGCACACUUUAAAGUGCAGCAUACAAGCAGAGAAUAAAGUACCAAGUACAAGUAGUUAACCACAGUUUUAAGCAAUUCAGACUAACAGACUCUGGCCAGUGACAAUUUUAGUCCUUUAUUUUAUUUUGACAUCCAAAGUACAAGAGCUUUCUUUUGCACCUGUAUAAUCUUCAACUUAAAGAGCAUGCUAAAUUCCAGGGCAUAAUUUGUCCUGGAAU